UCACAUUAUUUUUUUUUUAAUUUUUUGAUAGAUAAAAGUGUUUUUUCGUUUCCAUUUUGAUGUAAUAUCUUAUUUGUUUUCGAAGUAAAAUCUUCUAUUUCAUGCUAAAAACUUACAUAAACACGAUGUGGACUUUAGGGUUAUUGAAAACUAUGAAAGAUCCGAAAUAUGUGGUGUAUUCCGAUCAUAAGAUUGUUAUGAUAAAGGAUGUCUACCCUAAAGCGAAACAUCACUACUUGGUUAUUUCUCAUGAAGAUCUCGCCGGCAUAAAGGAUGUAAAAUCCAAGCAUAUUCCAUUGCUAGAAUAUAUGGAACAGAAAGCGAAGGAUUAUGUUACGAAGAAUGCUGCUGGUAUCGAGUUCAAAUAUGGAUAUCAUUCUAAGCCUUCCAUGCAUAGAUUACAUCUUCACGUCAUCAGCACUGAUAUGCAGAGUCCAUCCCUCAAAACUAAAAAGCAUUGGAACUCAUUUACUACCAAAUUUUUUUUGAUCUCUAAAGAUGUAAUCAGAGAACUAAAAUCUGAAGGUAAAAUCAAACUUCCCGAUGCUACCGAAUGUGAAAGACUUCUCAAUCAAGAUUUAAAAUGUCACAAAUGUGGUAUCGCUUUGGCUAAUAUGCCGAAAUUGAAAGAUCACAUUUUAACUCACUAAACUAUUCUGAAAGAAAUUAAUCGAUUUGUUCCUAAUUGUUUUUGUUUGUGUGUUAUAAUGUAUUUUCGUAAAACUUCCUGUGAUUUGAAAUUUUUAUAUUUAGUUCUAUUCGUCUUUUAGUAUUUUUAUUCCAUUUUUUAUGUAAGCAGAAAGUUCUAUAUUUUACUGUAAUUUUAAUAUUAUAUGGCCGAUAAAAAACUAGAUGCGUUUUGAAAA